UUUUGUGGAUUAAAGUUUAAACUUGUGAGUUACGUAGUGUAUAUCCCACUCUCAAACCUAUAAGAAAGGUGUCCGUACCAUGAGUGUACCACCACCACCAUUUAUCCAUUCUCCUCUGCUUCCCCUUCACCUGCAAUUUCAUUCUCUCCCAGUUCAGUCUUGUUUACUUACUCACAUUCAACUUGCCCUUCCCCUGUAAUUCCAUUCCCUUCCAGUUCAGCCUUGUUUACUUACUCGCAUUCUUGUUUGGAUUCUGCCUUGUUUACUUAUUCACAUUCUUGUAUUGAUUUCGCAUUCUUUCACUUUGAUUGGCUUUCUGGUUGUGGAAUCUGUGAGUGUUAAACAUGGGCAUUAGGAGUUUCAUGAAUUGGGUAUUCUUAGCAGGGUUUCUCUGUGCCCAUGCCCAUGUCGGGGCAACAAAACUUGGGAAUUCCUCUGCUGUGGAAGAGGAUGCAGAUAGUGUAGCUGAGAUGGUUCAGAGGAGCAUUGAGAGUAAGAAGCGAGAACUGGGUUAUUUGUCAUGUGGGACGGGCAAUCCGAUCGAUGACUGCUGGCGGUGUGAUCCCAACUGGGAGCGCAACCGAAAGAGGCUCGCCGACUGUGGAGUCGGCUUUGGCAGGAAUGCAGUCGGCGGCAAAAAUGGCCGCUUUUAUGUGGUCACCAGUUCGGGUGAUGACCCUGUGAAUCCGCCUCCGGGUACUCUGCGCCAUGCCGUCAUCCAGACUGAACCGCUCUGGAUCAUUUUCAAGACAAGCAUGUUCAUUCAUCUCAAGGAGGAGCUCAUCAUGAACAGCUUCAAGACAAUUGACGGCCGGGGCGCCAAUGUCCACAUCGCCUAUGGGCCCUGCAUUACCAUUCAGUAUGUCACUAACAUCAUCAUUCAUGGAGUUCACGUUCAUGACUGCAAACCUGGGGGUAAUGCAAUGGUGAGAUCCUCCCCCACCCAUUACGGGUGGAGAACAAGGAGUGAUGGUGAUGCGGUUUCCAUCUUUGGUGGAAGCCACAUUUGGGUCGACCAUUGCUCACUGUGGAACUGCGCUGAUGGUUUGAUCGAUGCCGUCAUUGGAUCCACUGCCAUUACCAUUUCUAACAACCAUUUCGCCCAUCACAACGAGGUGAUGCUGCUGGGUCACAGUGACUCUUACACUCAGGACUCCACUAUGCAGGUCACCAUUGCCUUCAACCACUUCGGCGCAGGUCUUGUGCAACGGAUGCCAAGGUGCCGACAUGGGUACUUUCAUGUUGUGAACAAUGACUACACUCAUUGGGAAAUGUAUGCCAUUGGAGGCAGUGCUAACCCCACCAUCAACAGCCAAGGAAACCGGUACCUCGCACCGGCCAACCCUUUUGCUAAAGAGGUGACCAAACAUGAAAACUGCAAUGGCAAUGAAUGUCAGGGGUGGAACUGGAGAUCAGAAGGGGAUUUGAUGCUGAAUGGGGCCUUUUUCACAUCAUCAGGGGCAGGGGCAUCGGCCAGCUAUGCAAAGGCAUCGAGUCUGGGAGCAAGGCCAUCAUCAAUGGUGGGUCCUCUCACUGGAAACGCAGGCGUGCUGCAUUGCAGGGCUCGAGCUCGCUGCUGAGAUUCCCAGAUUCACUUUCUCAAUUUCUCUGAAUCUGUGUAACUAAGCAUAUUUUCUGUCAAGGAUGGGAGAAUUUCGUUAUCUAACUCCCAUCAUGUUUUUACGUUUUUAGCGACCUCGGCCUGCAACCUAAUCUUCUGCUCUGUGCAAAGGCAGCAGGCGCAGAAGUGUUGUAAAAUUGUUUUUUCUAUUUCAAAUUUGCUUAAAAAUUGCAGUCGACUGUAAAAAUUUCCUCGGGAUGAUUUCCCCAAUUGCUUCAAUGCCAGAGCCAAAAGUAUAAUAUUGGAAAAAGAGUAUUCUUGAAGCUUUUUUCUGGUCAUCUGUCGCAUGUUUGACCGUUGUUCCGUUCAUUUGAUGUGGAAUGUUGAUUUUUCAAAAUUUCCUCAAAACAUGCAAAAGCUAUGGAAGGCCGUUUUUACUUUAUGAAUAUGGUAAUCAAUUGGGUC